GCAUAUAACUAUCUGCAUGCCUGCACGCAGUGUGUAUUGAACACGCACGACCACGAUCUAAUGAAUAUUCAUCGGCGAGACUGACGUCAUUUUACGAGUCUCCUUUCAAACUUGGAUCAUAAGUAAGUGCCUACCGUCAGGGUUGGUCGUCGAAGUCGAACAGAGAGCUUUUCUUCCUUAUUAAACACCUUUUAAAAACAAAAUGGGUGUCUUGGAAGACUUUAUAGGGAAGGCCUUCUAUUAUACUGUUGAUGCUCCCGUGACUUUUGUAAGAGACUUUGUCGAUGGCCAACGCAAAAGAAGUCCAUACUACUAUUACCACCAGAGAUUUCCUCGUGUUACCUCCAUAGAAGACUGUGCUGUUGAUGACUAUGUUUGCAUGUAUGAGGCCAAUAUGCAAUACAAAAGAGACAGGUUGGUUGAUAUGGAGAUAUUAAAGUUUCUUCAGAAGGCUCUUGCUGACUGUAAUCUGAUGGAAGGACCUAACGCCAAACAGGAAUGCAAGGCACAGCUUGCUGAGUAUGAAGAAGCUGCUGAUGGCUAUGAAGCAAAAUAUGGUGAGCUUGGAGGUUUGGGCAAUGCUGUUAAGUGCAUGAUGAAACAGAAGUCCAGAUUAAUGGAAGAGAGAAGAAAAGCCAGAGAACAAGGAAAGGCAUAGAUUAGUUUCUUGUUUUAAAAUUUUGCAGCAUUGCGAGUGGUAUGAACAUGGCGCUACCAGUGAUUUACAUUAAAUUGACCAUUGAUUCAGCAUGUGAAAAAUACAGAGUGGUGCAAAAAAAGUUAAUCCAAAGCCUUACAUUAUUGACUUGGGUGAACUACAUGUACCAUAUAUCUGAUUUUAAUAGGUCUAUCACACUGGCACUAGUCAGAGGAAAUAAAAUCACAUAGAGAUGGCAUUAGGUGUAUUAAUUUCAAAUCGAGACACACAAAAUAAUUCUUAUAUAUAUUUUAUGAAUACCAUCCAUUUCUUGAUUACGACACCAUAUUUAUAAAACUGUGACCUCAUCCUGCAGUUUGACCCAGCAAAGUACAUGAAUUCAAGUGGACUUCUGGGUACUAUUGACAUAUGCACAGUGGAUUGCACACAAAGUUCUUGUUGAUAGAUUGAUGACAUCUAUCCACUCUUCCAAUGUAAAAUGAUGCUAUUUGCACAACUGUACCAGCAGAAAAAAGUGAUUGUCUACUCUUAACUGUACUCUCUGCUAUAAACCUGGAUUCUGUUUCCUUUAUCAAGCAGUAUUUGUGAUACAUGGAUGAAUUUGUGAAUUCUAAUUUGUUUGUAUGUGUUAAAUAUGAAAAUUUGUAGAAAAUAAAAAGAUUCAUCAAUCAAAAUCUAUAAUUAUAUUGCUUUUUUUUUUGGGGGGGGGGUGUUUUUCUGAGGUCUCAUGCAGCUGGAUCUUUAUUUCAUCAACUAAGAUUGCUGGGAAGUAUGCAUCUAGAAUGAAAAAUGGAUGAAAAUCUGUUUUGCUUAAUUGGGGAAAAGACAACAUAGAUGUAAUUUUGUGUGAGAUAGCCAGACAAAUGAAAUGUGCUGAAUCAUUUUGGUCAACUCAUCUAUAUGAAUAAUUGUUGUACCACUCACAAUGCUUAUAUGUUACUUUUGUGUAGAGCAAUUUAUAAAAAAAAACAUUGACUGAAAACCUUCCUCAACCUUCCUCACAAGAAUCAGAUUUUACUGCCUUCCCUCCACUUUUAUUAGCUGUAGCACUGUUUUAGCCAUAGGCAAGGGGUAAUUAGUCAUAGCUGUCCAUCUUCAAAUGGGAUUCUACGCUUAAAGUACAAGUGAUUAAACUGAAAUGGAAUUCCCUUGAUUUAUGCAAAAUAAAUGUUUGAAUGGAUUUAAAUGGAGGUUUCAGUGAUCAAGGAUUGAGGAUUGUUUGUCAAAUGUUUUUUUUCUUUUUCACCCUUAUGUGAGAAGGGUUUGAUACUGUAUUAUAUGAAACCAACCAGUGAAGGUUUGUUGCAGCAAUUAUUAAAAUCUGUAAAAAUCA